UUAUGAUCUGCGUUAAUCUCGAGAGUUAUGGAGUCGGACAAUGAUUUUUACAAGAUAAACCCGUUAGACUGUGAAACAGACCCCCAUUGUAUUCCAUGGGUUAAAACUUUUAAAGAACCAGGUUUAUUGCUCCUGUAUACCUAUUUGGUCGUAGUCUUCCUUUUACUCUCCUUCUUCACGAUGUGGAGAAAAACUAAAGAAAUAUUAUCUAAACCUUACUAUGUUGAAUCUGGUGAAAAGGGAUCUGAGUCCCAAACCACACAUCCUUCAUUUACAUCUGGGGUCAAAUUUGAAGAAUUUUAUGAAAUUAAUCUGGACGUUAAUAGUGAAAACAACAAUGUUAAGGGCGUAUUACCUAAACGCUUUCAAAAGUGCUUCAAAGGCUAUAAAAGUAAUCUUUUUGGAGACUUUUGCUACAAACUAGCAGUCAGCAUUUCGAUAUUGUGGAUAGCUUUACUUAUACUUAUUCUUCUGGACUUUUAUCAUAACUGUAGUCUUACGAGCAUCGACGACUUGUGUUUUUACGGCGACUUUUUUAUCUUUGGAAGUUUUAAAAAAAAUUCAGCCGUUUUCUUUGGAGUUUGGUUUUUUUCCACGGCAUGGUUUGCCUUGUGGCUGACUUUUCAAAAUGAGAUUAGAAACUGGUUCAGGACGCCUUGUAGCCUUGACUGCGCUGAGUACGUGUGGGGUUUGGGUUCGCGAGGAGGAAGAACUGCUGAGUGUAAGCUCUCUCAAGGCUGUUAAGCUCUUCAGGAUGCUCUCAAAGUUGCUAACCUCGAAAAGAACUCCGGGGCGGGCCACGACGGUGAAGGUAUUACUUUCCUCCCUUUCCCUUGUGAUCUGCAUAGCGUUUGUUCAGGUUUCCCGCAGCGUGACGGUUGCUGGAGCGUCGGUGCAAUCCUUUAUUCACGAAGGUUCGAGAUAUAUUCUUCGGGGCGACAAGUUCGAAGCGCCUCUCGUCCCCAUUGGCACAACAUACUCCGACUUCCACCGGCACAAGUUGGGGCUGUCUUCGGCGGCUGCUCUUGAAAGAUACCAAUACUACGGACCCAACGCCAUUUAUUAUAGCCCGGAUUCCGUGCCAGCUCUUAUUAAAAACGAGUUUUUCACGUGGUUUUAUCUCUACCAGUGGGUCAUGUACACCGUGUGGUUAUGGUUUAGCUACCUCUUUGUAGCUGCGGCCGAGCUGUGCGUGGUUCUUUCGAGUGCAGUUGCUAGUAUCGUGGUAACCCGGUCGAACCAGCAGAGCUUUUUAAAAGUUACGGACUUCCAUUCCGAAGUGCAGGUUCUGCAAGAUGGCAAGUGGGCCAGCGUCUCAAGCACCAAGCUCGUACCAGGCGACAUAGUGUUGGUCAGCACAGGGCUAAAGUUGCCUUGCGACCUCGUGCUUCUGGCGGGGUCAGCCAUCUGCAAUGAAAGCUCUCUGACUGGUGAAAGUAUGCCCCUUCAAAAAGUGCAGUGUCCUAAUGAAGAUGUCGUUUAUGAAAGUGUGAAGUAUGGAAAUCGUUACUCUCUCUUUGCUGGGACUUCCGUUCUUCAGUCCUCUUCUGACACUGAGAAGCCGGCGUUGGGCCUUGUCGUUAGCACGGGAAUCCACACUUCCCAAGGUGGCCUUGUGUCCACUAUCUUUCAGCCUCGGAGACUUUCCUUGAAAUACGAUGAGGAAUUCGGCUUGGUUGCCUGCAUUCUCUUCUGUUACGGCUGUUUUGUAUUUGUAUUGGCUGUUAUAUUUCAGAACUGGUCCGGACUGGGGGGAAAUUGGGUGACGAAGUGGGCUUUCGGCCUCUUUACAAUAAGCCAAGUGCUCACCCCUCUUCUCCCCGUCGCCCUGAAGGUCGGGCAGAUUCGGUCGUCGCAGCGCCUCAAGAAGGCCGGGGUUCUUACUCUCGACCCCUCACGUAUAGCCAUAUGCGGAAAAAUAAAAUGCUUCUGCUUCGAUAAAACGGGAACUCUCACAAUGGAAAACUUGACUUUUCUGGGGGUCCAAUCGAGAGAGUUUUAUGAAGGCAAAACUAAUGGUGGGUCCGAGCUUUUCCUCCCCGACUCGAAUAAGCUCAAUCGAAAAGUAAUCGAGGCGCUUGCUUCAUGCCACUCCGUAGCGCAGAUGGGAACCGCCUAUGUUGGGAACGAGCUUGAGCUGCAAAUGUUCAAGUCCACUGGAUGGGUCCUCACUCUUCAAGAUAAAGUUUCCGUCGUCAGGGAUCCUUCCGGGAAGGGCGCACUGCUCGUCCUAAGGAAGUUUGACUUUGAUUACGAACUGCAACGCAUGAGUGUGAUUGUUAAAAAUGAGAGUAAUGAGCUGUUUGUCUUCUGCAAGGGCUCAUUUGAGAAAAUCGAAAAGCUCUGUAGACAAGAAACCCUUCCUAUGGCAUAUAGAGAGACUUCAGAACGCUUUGCUAUGAACGGCGCUUACGUAUUGUCUCUGGCCUUUAAACGUUUGGCCAAUGAGAAAGAUGUCGUGGAUUUAACUCGCGGGCAGGUCGAGCGUGAUCUGGAGUUUUUAGGGGUCAUGGUUUUUCGAAACGAGUUGAAAACUGACACCAUCAAAGCCAUGCGCGAUUUAGAGAAGGGAGGCAUCACGCCCAUAAUGAUUACAGGAGACCACCCAAAUUGCGCACAGUACAUAGCCAAAGCAUGCAACAUCGUUAAGAUUGGGCAGCUCGUGAUUCUGGGACAGCUAGAGGGGGCAGAAGUUGUCUGGCGUUGCUUUGGUACUGAGUUUGAGGCGCAUAAGCACAUGACCACCGGAGAGGUCCUGCAGAAGUGUUUGGGGACCCGCAAAUCGUUUUCAAGCGAGACCGAUUUUGUGCUUGCCUUGUCCGGUAGCGCUACGCUUAACGCUCUCUUAGAGGGCGGCUAUUUGGAGUUGCUGGUCUUCCACAUUAGGAUCUACGCUCGCAUGCCUCCCGACUCUAAAGUGUGCAUAGUGAAGGCCUACCGCGCUGCAGGCCUGGUAGUCGGGAUGUGUGGAGACGGCGGUAACGACUGCGGGGCCUUGCGAGCAGCUCACGCGGGAAUAGCCUUUGGUGACGCGGAGGCGUCGUUGGUUUCCCCUUUCACCUCUACGACCAAAACCAUCUCUUCUGUGGUUGCACUAGUAAAAGAAGGCCGAGCUGCCCUGCACACGUCGUUUGGCGUGUAUAAAUUUCUGGUUUGCUACGGACAGUUAUUUUCGAUGACGAAGCUCUUCUGCUUCUUUUACGGAGUGCUCUUGAGCCUUAUGGGCUGCAUAUUUGCCGACGCCGUGGCCGUUUUGACUUUGGGGUACACGAUGACGUUGGGUAGACCCAAAAGUACACUGAAAGGCAGGAGACCCACCUCCAGUUUGCUAAGCCUGCAAACACUGGUUUCAGUGAUUGGCGUCAUAGCUAUCAAUUUCCUUAUACUGUUGGCCGUACUUUGGUUUGUGACCCACUCGAAGAACUUUGUGCCUUGGCCUUCCUCUCUGGCUACAUCUCAAUACUGGUGGUUUUUAAGCGAUAACUGGGAAGCAACUGCGCUUUAUCUCGCCUUUUACUUAAAUCUCAUCACUUCGGCUUUGAUUUUUAGUUUUGGAGGACAGUUUAGAACUUUUGUGCUGAAAAACAAGGGUCUUGUAGCGAAUUGGCUUGCUCUGUUUAUCCUCACCGUGUUACUGGCGCUGCUUCCCCCCAAUGCCUUUACCGAUGUGUGGCACAUGGCAUCGCGCCCAUACAACCGCCCCAACACCUCCCAUCCCAUUUGGCGUAGAUUUCAAAGGGAGGGCGGCACCCCUCCCCCUCCUAUGAGCUUCCUACUUCGAUUGGGACUCUUACUUAUUAUCGGGAUUGGAUUGGCAUGUCUUUGUCUCUGGCAGGCGCUCUUUGCGGAAGGCCCAAUUGCAAAACUUGUUUCCAAAAGCAGCAAAAAAAAGGACUGAACUAACCCCAAAAGAUUGUAAAGUGUUUUGUUAAAAUUAAUAUUAAAGCAUUUUGGAAAG